UAGUGUUUAUCGCUGUUUUUACUGGCUGCGCGCUAAACGCAGACAAGCGAUGACUAACAAACGCAGCUGCGUCUAAAUUAGUGAAAUACCCAAAAAAACGCAGUUGCCUUGAAGCACUUAAGUCAAUUACCAUGGGAAAUAUUGAUUGGAAUCUUGCCUGGAACUGGACCGAUUUGUGUCCCACAGGACUUGAGCCAUUUGCCAAUUCAACAAAUGAUCUGUUGCCUUGUUUUCAAAAGAUUGUGCUGCAAUUUCCCGUUUACUGCAUAUACGCUGCGUUAUCCGCCUACCAAUUUGGCAAUCGCACGCAGCACAUUUUGCGCAAUGCCACGCAAAAGCGUCUGCUGGCGUUACGCGCCACCUGCAGCUUUGUGCUUGCCAUGCUACCCCUAUGCAAAACAUUCGUCUUCCAUAGCGCGGGGAUUACACUCUACGAGGUCGAUGUGCUGGUCGCUUGCUCCGAGUGCAUCAUGUGGAUAGUGCACUGUGCUUACCUACUGACGGCGCGCCAAUAUGGCAGUCUAAGUCAUCGCGGCACAUUGUUGUUGAAUGUGUUUUGGCUGCUGAUUGUUGUGCUGGACGCAGUGUGGUUACGCACCAGCCGUCACUUUAACUGGUGGCCUUGGAGUUUGGCUACUUUCAUUGUUGAUCUUUUGUAUGCAGUCACGCUGCUGCCCAAAGGCAGUGCCAGUUUGCCCAAUCUGCCUACAAACAACAGAGAUCGUGAGCAGGAGGCGCUGUUAUCACCAAGGUAUACUUACUUUCAGUUUGAUCUCAACGAAUCGCAUUUGGGACAUGCACAGGAUGAGGCCAACUGGGCUUCACGCUUCACCUUUCACUGGGUGCAGCUGCUUAUUAACAAAGGCGUGGCCGGCAAGCUUAAGCGCAUUGAGGAUCUAUUCGAUUUGCCGGAUGCUUUGAAUGUAACCAUAUUAACGGAGCAGCUGCAUUUGGCACUGGGACGCACACAAACCUUGCUGCGUGCGCUGCAUAAAUGUUUUGGCUGGGAGUUUUAUCUGAUUGGCUUGCUGCGUUUGGUGGCGGACUUGAGCAGCUUUGCGGGGCCGAUGCUGCUGGGCGGUUUGCUGCGCCAGGAUGAGACGCAGGCGGAUGACAAACGCGCCUAUUACUAUGCGCUGGGUUUGUUUGGCAGCACGCUGCUUUCGGCUAUAUGCAGUUGUCACUUUGACUGGCGCAUGUCCAUGGUGAGCAUGAAAAUGCGCGUGGGCGUGGUCAACAGCAUUUAUCGCAAAGCGUUGGAGGCACGUGGCGUGCGUGAAGCGCGUCCGGAUAUGUUAAAUUUGAUGUCCACUGAUGCGGAUCGCAUUGUCAACUCGUGCAUAAGUUUUCACUUCUUCUGGAGCAUUCCCUUCAAGCUGUUUACAACGCUCUAUCUGCUUUAUCUGCAGCUGGGCGCUGCUUUCUUGGCGGGCGUUGUCUUUGCCACGCUGUUGAUACCAAUCAAUCGUUGGCUGGCCAAGCGUAUUGGCAUUUACUCCAGUGGUCUGAUGAGUGCUAAGGAUGCGCGUUUGUCAGCUACAACAGAAAUAAUGCAGGGCGCUAAGCAAAUCAAAACCAAUGCUUGGGAGCCGAUAUUCAUUACCAAAAUUCGUGGCUUGCGUCAGCAGGAGCUGCAGUUUCUAUCCAAGCGCAAGUACUUGGAUGCCAUGUGCGUUUACUUCUGGGCCACAACGCCUGUACUGAUGUGCCUGCUUACAUUUGGUGUAUCUGUGCUGCUGGGCAAUCCUUUGAUAGCUUCCACCACUUAUACAAGUGUAGCGCUGCUUUAUAUGCUCAUAGGACCAUUGAAUGCUUUUCCUUGGGUGCUCAAUGGACUUAUUGAAGCUUGGGUUUCUUUGAAUCGCGUGCAGCAGCUGCUGGAUGUGCCCAAUCUGGACUAUGCUAGCUACUAUAAUCCUAUAAUGCGCAGCAGUGCAGCAAGCUCCACGGAUACGCCCAGCGUGCUGCAGCUGAAGUGCGCACAUUUCAAACACGACAGCGUUGCAGACAGCAGCGUGGCGCAGUUUCAGCUGCAGGACAUUAAUCUGGACAUAAAGGCAGGUCAGCUGGUUUGCAUUGAGGGCGCUGUGGGCGCUGGCAAGAGCAGUUUGCUGUCCGCAAUGGUAGCUGGCCUGCAGUGUUUGCAGGGCGAGGUGUGCAUACAAGAGCUGAAUAGUGGCUUUGGCUAUGUGCCACAGUCGCCUUGGCUGCAACGCGCCAGCAUACGCGACAACAUUACCUGGGGCAGCCCAUACGAUGAGACUUGGUAUCGUCGCGUGCUGUACGCAUGUGCGCUGGAGGAGGAUAUACGCGCCUUGGGUGGCGAUCAGCUGGGCGUGGGUGAAAAUGGGCGCACGUUAUCAGGCGGACAGCGCGCACGUGUAGCGCUAGCACGCGCUGUGUAUCAGGAUAAGAAUGUUUAUUUGCUGGACGAUGUGCUGUCUGCGCUGGAUGCGCAUGUGUCCAAGCAUAUAAUACGCCAUUGCUUGCUGGGCUUGCUUAAGGAGAAGACACGCAUUGUGGUAACGCGCAGUCAUCAGCUUUACUUUCAUGCCAAUCAAAUACUGCAAGUACAGGAUGGACGCCUACAGCGCAGCGGCUAUAUGAACGACAGCAUGGAGUUGAGUCUGCAAGAAGAAGAGGAGGAUGAGCAUGAGCAGCAUGUAAUGAGCAACCUACCAUUGCUUACAGCGGAUGAUAAGCAAAGCGUAGACAGUUUGCUGCUGGAGGAGUCACGUGAAUUUGGCCAUUUAGCUGGCAGCGUUAUAAGCUGCUAUUGGCGCGCCAUAACGACGCCACUGGCGCUGGCUGUGCUGCUCAGCGUGCUGCUAAUGCAACUGACACGCAAUCUAAGCGAUGCUUGGCUAGCACAUUGGGUAACCGAAACAACGCUGGAUGCGCAUACCAAUGAUACGACGCUGUCGCAUCAGCUGCAGCGCGACAACAGCACAACUGGGCACACCACUGGCUACUACUUGAGCAUCUUUGCAGGCAUAGCGCUAAGCAAUUCGUUGGUGACGCUUACACGCGCUUUUCUUUUCGCCUUUGCGGGCAUUAAGGCGGCCAUAUUUAUGCAUGAGCAGCUGCUGCAGCGUGUGAUGUUUGCCAAGUUUAGUUUCUUUGACAUUACCUCUGUGGGACGCAUACUCAAUCGCUUCAGCUCGGACACCAAUACAGUGGAUGAUUCGCUGCCUUUUAUACUCAACAUACUGCUGGCGCAGCUUGUUGGCUUGCUGGGCGCUCUAUGCGUUAGUUUGUAUGCCAUGCCUUGGCUGGCUUUAGUAAUAGUGCCCAUGGUGCCCAUAUACUUGCAACUGCAGCAGCGUUAUCGUCAUGCCUCGCGUGAUAUUAAGCGUCUGUCCAGCAAUGCCAUGUCGCCUUUGUAUACGCACUUUACGGAAACGCUGCAGGGUUUGGACACCAUACGCAGCAUGCGUGCUAGCGCGCGUUUUCAGCGUGACUUCCAAGCCAAGCUGGAGGACAGCACCAAGGCGCAGUUGACUGCGUCGGCAGCGCAGCAGUGGCUUGCGCUGCGUUUGCAGCUGCUGGGCGCGCUGCUUGUGGGCGGCGCUGGCUUGUUGGCUGCUAUUACAGCCUCACAUGCCACCAAUCCUGGACUUGUGGGUCUUUGCAUAUCCUAUGCUUUGUCUAUAACAGCGCAGCUGGGCGAUUUGCUGCACGCUGUAGCCGAAACGGAGCAGGAGCUUAUUGCUGUGGAGCGCAUUGAUCAAUAUUUGCAGCUGGAGGGCGAGCAGCAGGCAGCGGGCAGCAUGGAUCCGCCCUUUGGCUGGCCCACGCAGGGCGUGCUUAGCUUUAAGCAAGUGCAGCUGAGCUAUCGUGAGCAUUUGUCGCCUGCGCUGCGUGGCAUUAGCUUCGAUACGGAAGCGUUCGAGCGCAUUGGCAUUGUGGGACGCACAGGCGCAGGCAAGAGCUCAGUGCUGGCUGCGCUGCUGCGCAUAGCGCCGCUGCGUCAAGGCGAAAUCUACUUGGAUCAAAUGAAUCUAAAGUCGCUGGCGUUGAGCGUGCUGCGUGAACGCAUUGGGGUUAUAACCCAAGAGCCUUUUCUAUUCGAAGGCACUGUGCGUGAGAAUUUGGAUCCUGCGCAUGUCUUCCAUGACUCGGAGAUUUGGCAUGCGAUUAAGAACUCUGCCGCUGCUACGCUGCUGGUGCAGCAGCUGGGCGGCUUGCAGGGCCGUGUCGAGCGUGCUGGCAACAAUUUGUCAGCGGGCCAGCGGCAGUUGCUUUGCUUGGCGCGUGCGCUGCUCAAGAAUGCCAAAGUCGUUUGCAUAGACGAAGGCACUUCCUCGCUGGACGACGAGUCGGACUUGUGCAUGCAGCAGGCGCUGCGCAAUGCGUUCAAAAGCUGCACGCUUAUCUUUAUAGCGCAUCGCUUGCGUGGACUGCAGGCUAUGGAUCGCAUACUCGUGCUGGACGAUGGACGCAUUUGUGAGCAGGGCAAGCCGCAGGCAUUGGCGGCGGACAGCAAUUCCUUAUUCCAUGGCAUGCUGCAAGCUCAGCACAUAAGUUUGCAGGAAUUUGCGCAAGUGGAUUAAGGUCCUGAAAUGUAAUUUAAUUUAUAUGCCGUUUGUAAUUAUUGAACAACAUUUAAUUGUUAGUUAGCUG